CAACGGCCGCGGGACGUGGCGGCGGCGACAGGCGGGAGCUGGGGCGGGAUGGGAGGGCAGGGGUGACCGGGCUGCGGGACUCGGACCGCCGCCACAGCGACAUCGGGUGCGGAAGGAGCGACAGGGGGAGCGCGGCAGGUUAAAACAACCAUCGAUAACAUGGAGCAGGACUUAGAAAUGUUUCAGGAACAAGCUGCCACUAAAGCGUCUCCAUCUGAAGCUGAACUUCAGGAACUAGUUGACAUCGUGGUAAACAGCCAGAAAGUGGCAUGGGAAAGGAAGAUGAAAGCUUUAGAAGCAAAGAUGGAUAUUCAGGUUAAAGAAUUAGCAAGUGCCCAAAGCAAGCUGGAUCAAAAAGGUCAAGAGGUGGGACUACUUCAACAGAAACUGGAAGACUUAAAGAAAACUAAAUAUGAAAUGGCUCAGAAUUACGAAACUCAGCUUCAAGUACUGAAAUCUCAAGUUUCAAAGUUGACACAUAGUUAUGAAGAGCUACAGUCACAUCAGGUAAAACAAAAGAAGGCUGAAUAUAGACAAGAAUGUGAAGAAAGCCUAGAGGCACCAUCUGAACUGAGAAAUUUAUACAAGAAAAUGGAGGAAUUUAAGGCAAAAUCAAGAGAAUGGGAUAAGAAGGGGGCAAUCUGCCAGAAUUCUCUCCUUUUUUUAGAUGCUCAACAAAAACUAUUGUCUGAGAAAUAUAAUUUAUUUCAGAAGCAAACCCAGAAUUAUCAAUUCCAAAUAAGCAGUAAGAAACAAAACCAAGAAGAGGUAAUUACCUAUGGCCAGCCUGAAAGUGAAAAGGAUGAGUUGAUUAUUGAAAAGUUAAGGACAACUGUGAAUGAAAUGGCAAUAAACAAGAAUAAACUAGAAGAGGAAAAUCUGAAACUCCGGGAGGAGCUAAAAAUGUACCAAAACCAGUGCCAGAACAUGGAGGUAGCCUUUUCAGAAAUGAGGAAUGAGCUGCAGUCACGGGAUGCUCUCUGGAGAAAGAUACAGCUAGAAUGCCAACAGUUGCACGCAGAAUUAUCGAAAAUCAGAGAGUAUAAAGAUAUGCAGGAGACGCAAACAAAGCAUCAAUUAUCUUAUGCACAACUUACUGAGCAACUGGAAAAUAGAACUGCUGAGUUAUUACUGUUGGCACAAAGUGAAGAACACCAACAAGAAGAGCUAAAAAAGAUAAGAAACCAUGUUUAUCAAGAGAAGCAGUCCCAUCGCUCUGAGCAGGAAAGAAUGAAGACGGAAAUCUCUGACCUGACAGAAGAGCUUCAUCAGAAGGAGAUCACUAUAGCAACUAUCGUGGAGAAAGCUGGUCUUCUGGAAAGACAGUUAAAAAUGGAGUUAGAACUAAAAGACAAAUUGUUAGCAAAACAACAGUUGUUGGAUUUCCAGUACAAAGUUAUCAAAUCUGAAAACACGCAUCUAAAAGAGAUGUUGGAAAACCAGGAGUGUAAAAGUUGCAUGACUAUAGAUUUAUCUAACAAAGAACACGGAAAUUUCACAGCUUCCAUUCCCAAACUGGAACAUGAGAAUGUUAGAUUACAGAAUAGUCUUGUUAAACUACAAAAUGACACAGAAACAUCGAUACUGAGUCACAUGGAUUUAUUUAGAGAAACAGAGAACAGCUGCCAAACCCAUUCAAAGAUGCAAGAAAAAGAAAAGAGAACUUUCCAAAAGGAAGAUGAAUGGGAAAUGGAACGCCAACAGACUGCUAUGUUCAGACCCAGUGGUUACCACAGAAACUGUAGUCCUGCUUUAUAUGGCCAACACAGUAUCACUGGUUCAAAAAGUGAUAGCACUUUAUCUCCUUAUGCACUUGACAGAGGUCAUGAACAGAAAACAGAUGAUAAAUCUCCAUCACCACCAACAGGGUAUCCUUUGGGCUUUGGUGGGCUGUUUCCUGAAAAGGGCAGAACAGGCAGCUUACUGAGCCCUGCUUACAAUGCCGAAGAAAACAAAUUAUCUGCUCCCUCCGAGAUGUCCUUCCUUGCAGCAACAGAAAAGUUCCUUCAAGAGGAAGAGAAGCACACAAGAGAGUUUGAAGAACUUUUAAAUUCGCACCUUGAAGAACUCCAAAGACACUCUGAAAAUACUCUAAAAAAAUAUGCCAGGAUACAGCAAAACAGGCAUAAUUAAGCCAGCCACGCAAUUAAGAAAAUAAAACCAAGUAAUCACCCAUGAGUUUCGUAGAACUAAAAUCAGGUAGCUGCUUAAUAUAUUGAGGCACAUCAGCAAUAAGAUGUAUUUUUAACACCAAGGUUUCAAUAAGAUAAUCAUUAUUAGACGGAUUUAGGUGUAUUGUAACUUGACUAUAUUACAAAACAUCUUACUCUAAACAUAUUCUAAAAUAGGCAGUUUGGUUUUGCAUGGCUAAAUUAUGUGCAGCAGAGACCCUGUUGCAGCACUGUAAAUUAAGAAGGAUACUUUGAAUUCUGUGAUGUACGGAGGGCUAAUAAGUGGAAUUAUUCCCUUGAAAAUAUAAUCAGCCAAGAGUAAUUCUCCAGAUUGAACAGAACAAGAAUAAUAGGGGCCUUCAGCCAUGUCAUAGCUCAUUGCAUGAAGAGCUUAUCUAUGCUCUGCUUAUUCUUGGCUACAGAAAUAGCGCUUGGGACUCUUGAAAUAAGGAGUUUGAGCUCUUUCUUUCUUAUGCCCUAAGCCACUCAGGUCUGUGGGGGGAACCUGAAGAGGCAAAGCACACAGGGCCAAUGCAUUAGGAAAAGUGUGACCAGCAGGUUGUGGGAGGUUCUCCUGCCCCUCUACUCUGCCCUGGUGAGGCUGCAUCUGGAGCACUGCGUCCAGUUCUGGGCACCCCAGUUUAAGAAGUCAGGGAAUUACUGGAGGGAGACUAGUGGCGGGCUGUGAAGAUGAUUAGGGAUCUGCAGCACCUUUCUUACGAGGAGAGACUGAGAGAGCUGGGUCUGUUCAGCUUGGAGAAGCUGAGAGGGAUCUCGUCAGUGUUUAUAAAUAUCUCAAGGGCGGGUGUCAAGAGGAUGGACCAGACUCCUUUCAGUGGUGCACAAUGACAGGAUGAGGGGCAACAGGCACAGACUGAAGCACAGAAGGUUCCAUCUAAACAUGAGGAGAAACUUCUUUACUUUGAGGUGCCAGAGCCCUGGAACAGGCUGCCCAGAGAGGUUGUGGAGUCUCCUCUGGAGACAUUCAAACCCACCUGGACACAUUCCUGUGUGAUCUGCUCUGGUGAACCUGCUUUAGCAGGUGGGUGGGACUGGAUGAUCUCCAGAGGUCCCUUCCAACCCCAACCAUUCUGUGAUUUUGUAGCCGCCUGUAUUACCCCUUGUACGAGACCUAUAGACUUCACCCAGGGCCAAGCCUGAGCUCAGAUGCUUUACAUGCUUCACAUUAAUACUUCACAAUUUUUAAAUCCUUUCUUCAGAAGCACCUGUUGUGAUACUGAUGUUUCAAUACUAUGUUGGCUCAUUAUUUCGCUACAUUGGAAUAGGGAAAAAAAACCUUUAACUUUAGACAACUUGCUUUAGGUAAGGGCGUAAAUGGUUUGUAUUUUUCUAGAACACACACAAAAACAUUCUAAAACUGAACGGAGUUAAUUCAGCUCCAUGUGCUGAAAAACUGCAUAAUGUUGAGAUUCUUUUUAUUUGCAAUUCAUACUGAAUUCUAUUGCUGUGCAAGCGAAAGAGAAAUUACAGACAGUGUUGAUGAACCACCAAUUUCAGUGAAAGAGAUACUGAAGAAGUGCUUUCCAGCAUAUACUGUUGCCAACUUCCUGGAAAAAUCUGGAUAAAAAUAAUACCAGGCUGUCAAACAGCUCCAGUUUGUGAGUGAAAGAAGUCUCAUUAAUAUUCAAGACCACAGCAAAAAUGUAAAUUGUUUUUGGAAGCUGUGUUUCCAUUAAGAGAAAAUACACUACAUCACACUCGCACAAAAUACCAAGAUUUUAAAUACCAGUUUGGCUCGGUUUGCAAGAAAAUGAGUAAUGAAAAUGAGGCCAUCAAAGAACCUUUUACAGGAAAAUUCAGGAAAAUCGCUAGACUCAGCUGAAUAAAAAGAUGGCGGAAGGACAUCUGAACAAACUAAAUAUACAUGCGUCCUCAGUUUAAGGGGAGAUGCAUCUGUGAGUUUUAAAGGAACUCAUGAAGAAAUUUAGGAACUUCUGGAAAUGAAGCUAGAAUUGAAGCUGGGAACUAUCUGUAGAAGCAGAAAGACAACAAAAUGUUGUUUUACAGAAGGGCAAGAGAAAAAAAACCUGGGAUAUUAGCCAGUUAGCCGGAUUCUUUUGCCGCUGCAAGGUUUAAACAUCCAAGACGGUAUCCAGAUCUUCAGAGAAAUGUCUGAAUCCAGCCCUGAGGAUCCCUCUCACGAUGCAGGUCUGUGCGAUGAUACAGAACAAAUGAUUGCAAUUAGCAGAAAACUACUGAGAUAUUUUUUUUUCUAAAGCUUUUUAAGAUCUGGCCAAUAUAGUAACUUUGGCUAAUGAAACAAGAGAGUUAGAUUCAGCCUGGCUUUUGUGUAACUCCAUAAAAUAAACUCCCCAUGAAAAGCACUGGAAAUUGCAAAAUGCCUGGAUCUGAGCAGCUGCUUGUUUACUGUUUCCUGCUCAGAGCAUCUUAUGCCACAAAUGUCCUGAGACGUGGAUCAAAGUGCCAUUUUUUAGCACAUACUUAACGGAAAUGUCACCUUUCCCCAGCCAAAAUCCACAGAAGUUCCUGAUCUGACAAUCCCCAAUUUAAACAAGAGCCCAUUGCUGCUAGAUACAAUCAGAGCCUGGUUCUGAAUAUUUAACUGUGUUAAAAGGUAGAAACUUGAUUGAACUGGUGAGAGGCUUCCGAAGAAAAAUACAUAUUGCUGUUGUUAUCAUGCCAAAAAUAGUGUGUACAACAUGUGCCACAUUUGAAGUUAUUUGGAAAACUUUUUAAAGAAUGAUGGACAGCAGAAAUAAUAAAAUCUGAGAAAUUAUAUAUACCUUAUGAACAGGGAUUGGCGAUGUAUGUAUAUUGCCAGAAAAAAAGGAGUAAUCAGAAGGGUCUAAGGCUAUAAAUGUCUGGAGGUACCAAUAAACAUGAAAAAAAAUGAAUUAUUAAUCAUAAGUUCAUUUGACAGGACAAGGUGCAAUGUUGGGGAGCCACGGAUUACCCAAAACAUACAGCAAAUUUCUAUUCUACUUUGUGAACAGCUGGGCAAUAGAAAAUCCUUGCAAGCU